AUGAAUAAGGAAGAAGGGGCUAUGGUAACAGAUGAGAAAUUACCAAUCUCUAUAAUCAAUAACAAGGCUUUUAUAUUUGAUUUAAAUGUUAUUAAAAAAUUACGGUUCUUAGGUAUAGGUGGUGUUUUAUCUGGUACACUACCAACUGCUCCACAACAAAAUGUCUUUUUAGGUUUACCUUUACAAUUAAUGAUUGAAGAAGUUGUAUGGUUAGUUGAAAAUGAAUAUGCUUAUUUAGUACCUGAAAGAGACUUUCUAAAUGAUUUGAUCCAAGGUUUAAAUAAUGAUGAUGUUUUACAAAUUCAAAAUGAAAAACAAAAAUUAAUGGAUUUAGAACAAAAUGAAAAAUUAAUUCAAUUAAAUGAUAAAUUAGAUAAAUUAGGUAAAAAUAAUACUUCAGAUGAAACUAAAUUGAAAAAUAUAAAUCAAAGUUUAUCAAUAAAAAUCUUUGAUAAUUCAAAUAAUUUAAAAAAUUCAGAAUUUUUGAAAAAAACCAUACUUCAAAAUAAAUUAAUUCAAAAAAAUUUAUUAAAUUCAUUAAAUUAUAAUAACUUAAAUUAUAAAAUUUUUAAUCAUUUAAAAUUAAAAAAUUAUUUCUUAGCACCAGGUUUAAGAUUUGGUGGGAAAUUUAUUGGUUAUCCAGGUGAUCCAUUAAGAUAUCAUGCUCAUUUAAUAAUAAAUACAAUCAAUUGGAAUCAAGAUAUUGGAUUAAUGAAUAUAGUUAAUGGUGGGAGAUUAGCUACAGGUGUUAAAAAAGUUUGGUUAAUUGGUAGUGAAAGAGAUGAUGAUGAAGAUGAACAAGAGGAUGAACAAGAUGAACAAGAGGAAAAAGAUGAAAAAGUUAGAUGUUUUUCUGUUGAAUGGGCUGGAUUUGGUUAA